AUGAAAGCCUUCCCUCAACUCACUCUUCUUGCUCUUCUUUUUGUAAACUCAGGUUCCCCCGCUCCUUGCCAGCCUGAUUCCUGUAAAGAUCAUUCGUCAUGUGUCAAUCUGAAUAACACAUAUUUUUGCCUGUGUUUAGAAGGAUAUUAUUAUAAUUCUUCUAAGUGUAUAAAAGGAAAGAUAUUCCCUGGAACGCUUGGCGUGCAAGUACCAGAUAUAUUUAUCUUGACAGAUAAAAAUUCUAUGGCCUAUCAAGAGUUCCAUAAUAAAAUUAUUGACUUUGCCUGUGUCCUUUAUGAAGCCCUCUCUGGUUCUCUGCAACUGAAGGAGAGUUUCUCUGAACUCUUCUGCGUAUCAGCAAGAUCUGAAAUGCGUGCUGAUGAGAAGAUCGUUAAUGCAAAACUAGUAACCAUUCUGGUACAAGAUACAGUUGAAACUGAGCAGACUGUGUCUCAAAAAAUUAAUAAGAAAAUUGGUAACUCAGGAGACAUUGAAAGCUAUACUAUGGAAAGUCGGUGUGAUUAUCAUGGUUGUAAAAUUGACUCAGAUGCCUGUGUGAAUGGUUUGACAUGUAGUUGCAAAGAUGACCUGCAGAGACCCAGCCCACAGAGCUCUUUCUGUCUUGCUUUCAGUCUAAAGUGUCCUGAUAACUGCAACGGAAAGCACAGGCAAUGCCUAGUGAAGGAUGGCAAGGUCCCUGAGUGUGUGUGCAUGCCCGGUUACAAGGAGGAUGCUCACAAGAUGUGCCAAAGGUGUCCAUUUGGCUAUAGCGGACUUGACUGUCAAGACCAAUUUCAGUUGAUCCUUACUAUUGUGGGUACCAUUGCUGGCAUCAUCAUUCUCAGCAUGAUAAUUGCAUUGAUCUUCAUAGCAAGAUCAAAGAACAAAAAUAAGGAUAUUGAAGAACAGAACUUGAUUGAAGAAGACUUUAACAACUUGAGACUGCAGCAGACUGGCUUCAGCAAUCCUGGAGCAGAGGGGAGCAUCUUCCCGAAAAUCAGGGUAGCGGAGCCCCAAAACAUCCAGCCACAGAAUCCCUACUUGAACCACAGAGGGGGUAUGCCCCGCCCUGACUAUUAG